AUGGAGGCAGUCCGACCUGUAGAGCAAGCUCCUCCAUCAUUCGAGCAACAGCAAGAUCUCCCUCCUCCCCCAGCGCCUUUCCCGACAGAUCUGCUGCAAAAUGACAUCGGAUCCUCGUCCCCAUCUGUCGACCAGGCUGAUAUGACCAGGUCAUUGCAAUCAGUCCAGCGCUCAAUUGCGCAGGUCCUCUCUGCCUUUCUCCCAGACGAGCUCGCCCCCGGGCAAGGCAGCCCUUCUCAGCGUAAUGGCAAUGGAGAAUUCCACAGGCUUGGCGAGGAGAGCCAGCUGGCUAGCGCCUUGAUGGAGCUGCUCGAAGUCACCUACGAGCUUGAAGGUCUCGUCCCUCCCCCCAUCACCUCCACGGAAGAACCGACCGAGCUGCCCGACGAUACCCAAACCCUCCCGCCAAACGACCUCGCCUUGAGCCUCAAACAUCUUCAACACGCUCGUUCCACCUCUUUGACCCUCAAUCAGCUCUCUCCCGACUCACCGACCACCCCGAGGCCGACAGAUUUUCAUCCGUCGGUAGGGGAGGUUAGGAGAGAGUUGGCUUGGGCGAGGAUGGAGAGUUUGAGUAAUGUGGUUCUAGAGUUGGUCAAGCAAGGUGCGGAGGGGAUUUGUGGCUUGGUGGAAGGACUACCACCGAGGUAUGAGAGGCAUGAGAGUGAUGUGGGACUGCCGAGCUAUUCAGAUUUCCCUCCGACCUCUACACAGUUGGCAGACUCGACUUUGAAGGCUCCAGACUCGAAGAACCGCGCUUCUCUAGAUACGAUUGCUCCGGAGAGACCAACAGCACAGAGGGAAAAGAUGCUCAGCGAUUUUGAAGCUGUUACUUUGGCUAUCGAACGUCUGUACGACGCGGCACCUCGCUUCCAAAAUCAGCGCGUUGAGAUCAAACCUCGUGCUGCUCGUAGAACCUCAGAGACUAUGAAUGGAGCGCGGGCGAGGGAGCUGAGGCUGGAAGAUAGUGAAAAGCUUGAGAGAGUGAAGAGGAAAGAGCUUGAUGAGAUAUGGAUGUUGAUGAAUGGAGGGAGGUACGAGGUGAUGGAGGACCAAAGGGCUAAAUCAGAAGGUCUCAGUGCGAGAACAAAGGAGAGAUUCAUUACGAGAAUCGUAGAGCAAAGUGAAGCUAGCCGCUUGACUGAACAGGAUUCCAAGAUGGGCUCGGUCGACGCAGAGCUUGCUCGAGCUCGCGAUUUGAAAGAUAAAGACAUUUUCUUGCGAGACCUCGUUGAACAAUCGGCCGGCGGCAGGAUGAACAACCAAGACGCCGACGCUCCCCUCUCCGACCUCACCGCCGCCUCCCUCGCCAAAAAACAAGCCCUCCUAUCCACCCUCAUCUCCCACACCGCCACCACCCGCCUCAAAUCGCAAGACUAUCCGACAACCCUCGAAGAUCGGCUGACGCAAAAGCACGAGCAGUUGGUAGAUACGCUGCUUGAAGUCGGCUCGAGGAGGCUGCCGGAUCAGGAUAGUCUGCCGCCUACGCCGAGAGGAGCGAGGUAUGAGGAGAGCGAGACGGAUCCGUUCGAGGAGGUCAGUGUGACGGACUUUUUGAAUUCGUCGAGGCCGCCCUCGCCACCCUCGAAGAGUAGCGAGAAGGAGAAGGGAGACAAGAUGUUGAGGGAGAGAUCCAAUUCAGAAGGAGGUGGAAAGAGCAAGUUGGUCAGUAAGAUUGAGGGGGCGGUCAGAAGAGGGAGCGUGCAUCUCGGUUUGAAGUCGGCACCGUCGUUUGAUGUCAACAGUAUUAGCUAUGUGGCUGAGCAUCAAGAAAACCUUCGUUCUGUCCAAAUCAUCCUCCAAGGCUCCGGCCUCUCCAACCUCGACCUGACUCUCGGGACAGCCUUCACCGACCAAGGCCAGUCUACUACACAGGCCAUUGCAACAUCCGAACGCGACCCCUCCGUCAACUUUCCAAUUACUCUUCCUGCGCCGGUGCACACGGGUCAAAGCGUACAGGUCGUACAGCAGGGCCUGAGCUGGGAGUGCAAGCUUGCGGCUGUAGCUCUGCCCCCGGCUGCACAGUCGCUUACCAUCGCGCAUGCUCUCUCUGCCCCCGACUUUCGUCGUAUCAAGCCUUCCCUCCUCACUUGUACCGCGUGCGAACGCCCUCUCUCAUCUCUCCCGUCCCCGUACUCCUCAACCCUUGAACAGUCUUACAAAGACCUCCCAAGUCAGCAUUGGGCAGAGAUGAUUGAUAUCUGGAUGUGUCACGAUGACCCGACCUUUACGGGGAGGUUGGCAGGGAUGGUGGAGGAAGGGUUCUGGCCCAAGGAGGGAGGGGUGCUUUGCGGGGGUAGUUGGGUGUUGGUUGAGGAGUGUAGAGGCAGGUGGGAGAAUUUGAAGGCUGGUGAAGGCAAUGAGAACGACUCCUGGCGCCCCAUUGCUUGCAAGUGCGGCGAAGUCGUCGGCAAACAACGAACCGAUGAUGGAAAGCCAGGAGCUGGCACUUUACGGCUCUCCAAAUGGGCCGUAGGGCUUUUGAGAGAUGAUAUCCACGCCGAGGAUGACGCUGCUAAUCCACCACUAAUAAGAGCACCUCUGUCCGUGUUUGUGGUCUCUGACAUGCUCGAGCUUGCUCAGGCGCAUGCUAGCUAUAGGUUCAUCAUCUCGGACGAAGAGACGCAAUCCAAACGAUUGUAUAUCUGGCUAUUCAACAGCUCGACCUCCAUUUCGUAUUGCAAAGGCCAUCAGCCCGCUGGGCCUGCGUCGCCUCUCCCUUCGCCUUUGAGAUCAUCUUUCAAGCCGAAUGGGGGCAGUGAGAGAAGGAGUCUCAAAUCGCGAAGAUCUUCUCUGGCCUCGGUCACAGCCAAGACCGAAGGGAGCGGGGGCGAUGAGAAGAGGAGCAGGGUGCUGAAGGCUGUCAAGGUCAUGUUCAAGUCGGCAGAGGAAGUUAUCGACGGCCGACCACCCCUUCCGGGCUUUGCUGGUACGAACCAGAUCGAGCACCUCGCCUACCCCGCUGAAGUGUGCACCCGGCUGGAAAUGAUCUUGAAAGAGAGCAACAAGGUGUAUCCAGCGAUGAAGAGGGGUAUGGGAGGGUUCGACGUCGGGUUUUUGGAGAGGGUCUGA